GCUAGCUGCUAACCUAUGCUUAUAAAAUUCGUAAUUUAUCACUAAUUUAUUAGGCCUAUUCUGACUCCGUUUCAUUCAUUUAUUAUUCGUCUUCGGACAAAUUUGACAUUGGAAGACUCGAUAAAAGUAUAAAUGAAGAUCAAAUGAGUUGCAAACAUUAGAGCUGUAAUUAAACAACAUUAUGGCGUCUGGUAAAGGAAUCAAUGAAGGAGCCUUUCCAUUACUUUUGUCAGCUCUUUCAACAUGGUACGACAAGCACAGAUACGUCAGUAUGCUGAAAGUUUUGUACAGAGACCUUUUGAAAAAUACUGGUCUAUUAAUGAAUGCUACAAGCACAAUGGAAUUAAUGAAUAUGUUGAUUGUAUCUGAUCAUCUGCAUUAUACAAAUCUUAAGGUCCUCUAUGAUACCAUAAAGGCUACAGACACAUUUGGUUUGGAAAAGGAAAUUAAACCAAGAAUACUAUUAUUCCCAAAUGUUAGAACUGAGAUUAUCUUAAAAUUCACAAAACACAGACAGAAGAUUAUGAUGUUUGGAAUGGCACUGACGGAUGAUGAUAUAGGAAAGAUUAGUAGGCUAUAUAAUGAGCCGGUGAAGGAGUAUAAGGAUGCAUGGAGUUUGAUUAUGGAUCUAGAAAGUCGUGAGAUAAUUGAUAAAAAAAACAUGAAGGCUUUCAUUGACAUACUGAAAAACAACAAUCUUGUUCAAGCAGAAAAAUCUCUAUCCAAAGACAUUUCAAUUGCAUCUUCAUACACAGUAGAAGAACCGGUUACAGACAAACAGUUAUGAGGCUUGGAAUGGCACUGGAAGAUGACAAUAUCAGAAAAAUUAAACAACUGUAUAAGAAGAAACUUGUAAAGAAUUAUCAAGAUACAUGGAGUUUGAUUAUGGAUCUAGAACAUCAAAUGAUAAUUUGUGAAGGAAGGAUGGAGGAUUUCAUAGAUAUUUUGAAGGAACUUGAACUUUUACAAGCAGUAAAUGCUUUAACAGAAGACAUUUCAAGUGCAUCUUCAAACUCUGGAUCUCUUGAAGAUGUUUCAGAUUUAUGUUCAAACUCUGUACAAGAAUGUGUUGAAGAUGUUGCAAAUGUAUCUCCAAACUCUGUAGAAGAAUUUGUUGAAGGUAUUGUUGAAACACAUGUACGUAAGCGCAUAAGACGUUCUUCUGACUCUGAAGGCACUGGUAAAAAACGUGUAUGUAAGCGCAAAAUAAUUUCUUCAGACUGUGAAGGCAUUGUUGACAAUUCCAGAAGACAUUCUGACUCUGCAGAUAUUGCUCUGAGAUUAAUUCACAGUGUGAAUCUGCAAUGCAGAGAAAAUUAUGAAUUUAAUUUGGUAAAGCUCCUUGAAAAGCCGAGAGACUCUCUGAAUUCUACUGAUAAAGAACAACUUCUUGAGAUAAUAAAGAAUCUUAAAAACUAUUGUUCAAGCCUUGGUUUGGAUUUGAACAAAUUAAUCAACAACUGUAUAGUAUUUUGCCUCUCUGCAUAUGAUUCUAUUGGUUUGCUGAGUCUCUGGAAAAUGCAUAUAAGCAGAAAACUCAUUGAAGAUUUAGCAGACAUAUUAGUGCCACAAGAACAUCAGCAGCUGUUUUUAGAUGAAUGGAUUACAUACAUUGAUGAAAACGAAUACAAAGGUGCUCUCAUGAAGCUGAUGGAGAAAGGUAAGACAAUCUUAAUGAAUUUUAAAUCAUUGUAAUUUUGAAAUUCCAUUCUCCUUUUUAAGAAUGGCAAAGCUAUGAAGGAAACAGCAAAAAUGGAAAUUUUCAAGGUUAUACAGUCAUACUGUAUUUAACCCUCCACUGAAAUUCUUCACC